CUUGAAUAAUAGGUGGGAUUAAAUAUUUAUAAAUCUGAAUAAUAUAUGAAAUGCAAAUCAGUUUCAAUUGAAUGCAAAUAAGUGGCGAUAAGAGUGUUGUUAGUGAAUGGGAGGCAAUCGUAACAACGGAUCGCAAAGUAGAGAGGAUUUUGGUGUUGAACGACGAGCCCUAGUGUUUGAGUGUUUGGCUGAAGAGCUGAUACUUUGCGGUUGAAUUAAAUCCAUGGUUUGGACGAGAGUUUAACUGAAGAGAGCGAUGGUUGACUUGUCUGGUAAUCCCGAGUCGGGCGGCCCUAUAGAGCACGGGUUUAGUAAUUGGGUGUUUAUAGUGCCCGCACUUAUCACCGCUACUUUAGUAGGAUUUUUCUUUUAUAAACUGAUCCAAAGUCUGAUGGAUAAGGAGAAGAAGAAGGAGGAGAAGAAGAAAAUGAAACAACAGAAGAAGGACUCAACCAAGAAGAAAGUCAAAUGACUUUAACCUGAAUUAUAACCAAAACCUAUGAUUCCUUAUUUACAUUCCAAUCAAUCACUUCCACUAAACUAAUGUUUUUGCAUUAAAAUUUAAUUUUUGAUUCAA